AUGAUCGAUACCAAAUCGCUUGAGAUUAUACUGAAAUUCAAAGAAGCGUUGUCUUCAAAGCAACCUAGAAAAGAGAAUGAGAGUCUGAUAGCAAAGGACACUAAUUUUGAGGGGAGUCAGACUCUCCCGCAAUAUAACCGAGGCUUGAAGCUUCUUUCCCAGCAGCCCUCUCUCGAUUCGUUGAACUCGAUACUAGUCGAGUACGAUGGAGAGGUCUAUACGGUGUUGACCAACGAGCUGUUGGAGAAGAGCAAUAGGAGAAGUAAGAGGAAGUGGAGAGAUUUCUACUCCAGCGCAGGGCAAUGCGAUGGCCCAAAAGCAAAGGCUAAAGCAAAAGCAGACCCAAACCGAGAAGAAGGUGAAGAUGAAGAAGAUGAGGAAGAAGAGGAUGAGGAAGAAGACGACGAGGAAGAAGACAGGAUACAUCCAUUGAAACAGGCCAGGAUAGUCGAGUUACUAUCGCCAAUCAACCACCCGCUGGAGUUGAUCACGCACCCGGCGAUCUCCAAAACGUACAAGCUGCAAACGUUGAGCAAAUUGGCAAUGGAGUUGAUUGAGCAAAUCGAAACCGAGCAAAAUAACCUCAACUGGUUCAAUAAACUACUCCAGAUACUGAACGGCGAGGACUGGUUCUAUCUCUUGGAGGAGCACAUGGGGUUGAGGGAGUAUGACCACGGCUUGGAAGAAAAGAAAACGGUGGAGAAAUCUGCCGAUGCCAGCGACAAGGAAGUGGUUUUGAAAGAGAUUGACGAGUACGCCGAUGAGGACGAGGAUAAAGCGGAUCCGUUUUUUGCGUUGCCCCGAGCUGUCAAGCGGUAUGAAGCGUUUCAGGAGCUGCUAGAGGCCAAAAACGACAAUCUGGUCAAGGAGGAGCUCGUGAAUUAUCUCCAAGUGAGCAUCCAGCGACAGCAUGAGUACAUUGAGAAUUUGAUCCAGUUGCGAAACGGACUAGUGAGAGCAGACCGACUCAAGUCGGACCUCCGCAAAUGGGCCAAGGAAAUGCACGAUAGAAAGAGCUCAUAA